AUAUAUCUCUCUUUCUCUUUCUCUUUCUCUGAAAAUAAAUAACUUUAUAUUUUUUAUUUCGCCUUAGAUUUAUAUAAACAGAUACUAAAGCAUAUUUAAGUAGCAAUUAACUCUAUAUUACUUGCGAUAGAAUACAUAAGAAAUAAAAUAUAACCUUUUCAUGGAUUAUAAUCUCAAUAGCAUAUGCGUUACCAACUUUUAUCGUUGUGCGCAAUAUAUUUCUAAUGUACUACUCUUAUGUGUAUAUAUAAAUAUAUAUACAUCAUGAAAAAACAAUAUUAAUCUCAUUGAAAUAAAAAAUAUCGUUUGAUUUGUUUACAGUAAUUGCAUAUAUUUCUAAAUAAAUUCGUAACAAAAAAAUAAAUUCCUAAAAAAUAUAGUAUUUAUUUUCAGCUUUGCAUUAUUAUUUCUUUUUUUCUUUUUUAUUAAAAAAAAAUGCUAUUUCAAUUGAAACACAUGCAUCCUCGAUAUAAUAUACUAAAAAGUCUAAAAAAGUUUAAAAAAUUUUGUACUCAUGAACCAGCUAUUAUUUUAGGAAUUGAAAGUAGUUGUGAUGACACUGGCUGUGGUAUUGUAGAUAGCAAUGGAAAUAUUUUGGGUGAAGCAAUUAAUUCACAAUAUUUAUUACAUUUGAAAUAUGGAGGUAUAAUACCUACAAUUGCACAGGAUAUGCAUAGACAACAUAUUACAGAAGUAUGUGAAAAAGCAUUGAGAUCAGCAAAUUUAAAAUUAAGAGAUAUAGAUGCUAUAGCAACUACUGUAAAGCCAGGUCUUCCAUUAUCCCUUCAAAUAGGUGAAAAGUUUGGAAAAUAUAUAGCACUUCUUGGUAAAAAACCAUUUAUACCUAUACAUCAUAUGCAAGCUCAUGCACUUACAAUUCGAAUGAUAGAGAAGGUAGAUUUUCCUUAUCUUGUACUUUUAAUAUCAGGUGGUCAUUGUAUGCUUGUAGUUGUUCACGAUGUACAGAAAUUUGUUAUGCUUGGUUCAUCGAUAAACAAUGCACCAGGAGAAAUUCUAGAUAAGGUUGCUCGCAGACUUAAAUUGAAUAAUAUAACAGAUUUUAAAAAUAUGAAUGGAGGUCAGGCAAUAGAAGCAGCAGCAUGUAAGGCAUCCAAUAUAGAUCAGUUUAUUUUUAAUGAUUCUAUGAAAUCAUAUAGGGAUUGUCAAUUUAGUUUCUCUGGAAUAUUAUCAGCAUGUAUGCAGCACAUUGCUGAACAAGAGAAGAAACAUAAUAUCACAGCUGACAAGAUUAUACCUGAUGUUUAUAAUUUAUGUGCUAGCUUUCAAUUUGCAAUUACAAAACAUCUUUGUUAUAAAACGCAAAGAGCAAUAGAAUUUCUCGAUCAAAUUAACUUAAUUCCUGAGGACAAACGAACAUUGGUAAUAUCAGGAGGUGUUGCAUGUAAUAAUUUUAUAGCAAAAGCUUUGGAUAUUAUAUGUUCUGAACGAAACUACAAACUUGUUAGAACACCACCAAGAUUAUGUACUGAUAAUGGUGUCAUGAUAGCUUGGAAUGGAGUAGAGAAAUGGAUUUCAGGUAUUGAUAUACUUAGAAGUGAAAGUGAGAUUAAAAAUGUAAAGAUAGAAAAAAAAGUACCCAUAGGAGAAGAUUGGACGAAAAAAGUACAACUUUUAAAAUUAAAAUGCAAAGAAAUAAAGAUAAAAAAAAAACUUUUUAUGGACUCAACUAUAUAAAUUAUAUAUAUUGUAUGUACAUUUAAUAUAUAAUAAUUAUUUUAUUCAUAUAUAAAA